AUGGCUUGCUUGCACGACCAUAGUUGCGAAGAUCACGAUUGUUCGGCUGAUUUUUCUCUCUACAAACACGUAGACCUCUCCAAGGUUUCUGCUUUGAAUGAGGCUGUUCCAGGAAGUGUCAAGUCAGUUUUUAAAGCUUGGGAACAACGGUUAAAUAUUUCAGAGGGUCACUUGGAGAGCAAUGAGGGUGAUCCUGAGUUACUGGUUUUCAUCCCAUUUACAUCAGAUGUUAAAAUCAAGAGCAUUUCAGUUGUUGGUGGCGCUGAUGGAACAAGUCCUUCCAAAAUGAGGGCGUUCAUCAAUCGGGAAGGUAUUGACUUUUCUGAUGCUCAAAAUAUGCAAUCCAUUCAGGAGUGGGAUUUAGUGGAGAAUUUGCAAGGAGUUUUAGAGUACCAGACAAAAUAUUCUAGAUUCCAAGGUGUGGGAAAUCUCACCUUGCAUUUUCCUGAAAAUUUUGGUGGUGAUGCAACUCAGAUACAUUACAUUGGCUUAAAGGGUGAAGCUACACAGUUGAAGAGGGAUGUUGUUGCAACAAUUGUUUAUGAGCUCAUGCCCAAUCCUUCUGACCACAAGACGAAGGCCGAAGGUGGAGGCGGCCUUUCACACGUGGAAUGAAGAUUAAAAAUAAAAGCAGCGGGCUCUUCAUUUAAAGUAGCGUAUCCCUUGUGUACAUUUGGCCACUGGAUAUUAACAUAAAUCGUUUUUCAUCCUUCAUUCUGGAACUGUCUGUUUCACUUUGCACCUGAACGAUUAGUACCCCCUUUUUCCUUUUGGGCAAAGGGCCUACUCUUAAAUGAAUUACAUGAUGUUACUCAAGAUGAUAUCCAACUGCUCUUGAAAAAUUUUCUGUUAAUGGGAUAUGACAGUUUGUUAGAUUUAAUACUCUGAACAAGGUUAAUGUAACAUUUUUAACUUG